AUGCUCAGUGCUCAUGUGGCACAAAACGUCGCGAAAUUUUCAAGUCCGGUUUACGGUAAGGACGGAUUCGAAUUAUCAGAGCCAAAUGCCAUUGUUAAAUAUUUAGCUAAUGACUUUACUCAAACAUCAGAAAUUGAUUAUGAAGAAGAGAUAUUACACGUAUUACUCAACUCUGGUAAAUCAGACGAAUCAAUCUUGACCAAAUCACCAGCUACUAAAUUAGAAAAAUUGACAGCAUCAUCAAUCAUUUUAUUUGCAUCAACUUUUGCUUUGAAUAAAUCUGCAUUCCCAGAAUUUCAAAAAAAUGAACAUGUCCUUAAAGGUUUGGAACAAGCCAUUGCAGUCACUAACUUAGAGCGUCCAAAAGCUGAACACACUGGUACCGCUGCAUACAAACAAGGAUUUGAAGUUAAGGAACAAGGUAAGAACAUCCUACCAAAAGAAGGUGAAAGAAAUAUUUUGAUCACUUCAGCUUUACCAUAUGUUAACAACGUUCCACAUUUAGGUAACAUUAUUGGUUCAGUUUUAAGUGCUGAUUUCUAUUCUCGUUACGCCAAAUCAAGAAACUACAAUGCUCUUUAUAUCUGUGGUACUGAUGAAUAUGGUACUGCUACUGAAACCAAAGCUUUAGAAGAAGGUGUUACUCCAAGAGAAUUAUGUAACAAAUAUCACAAAAUUCAUUCAGAUGUUUAUAAAUGGUUCCAAAUCGAAUUUGAUCACUUUGGUCGUACAACCACUCAACAACAAACUGAUAUUGCACAAGAUAUCUUUUUGAAGUUAAAUGAAAAUGGAUAUUUAGAAGAACAAUCAAUGAGACAAUUAUAUUGUCCAGUACACAAAGGGUUCUUGGCUGAUCGUUUCGUUGAAGGUGAAUGUCCAAAAUGUGGUUAUGAAGAUGCUAGAGGUGAUCAAUGUGAUAAAUGUGGUGCCUUAUUAGAUCCAUUCGAAUUAGUUAAACCACGUUGUAAAUUAGAUAAUGCUUCACCAGAAGAAAGAACAUCAAACCAUGUCUUCUUAUCAUUGGACAAAUUAGAACCAGAAACCCGUGCUUGGUUUGAAGGGGCUGCUAAGAAGGGUGAUUGGUCAAAGAACGGUGUUGCUAUUACUCAAAACUGGUUGAAUGAAGGUUUAAACGCCAGAUGUAUUACUAGAGAUUUGAAAUGGGGUACACCAGUUCCGUUAGAAAAAUUUGCUGAUAAAGUGCUUUAUGUUUGGUUUGAUGCUUGUAUUGGUUAUGUUUCCAUUACUGCUAACUAUACCGAAGAUUGGGCUAAAUGGUGGAAAGAACCAGAGAAUGUUGAGCUAUAUCAAUUUAUGGGUAAAGAUAAUGUUCCGUUCCACACUGUUAUUUUCCCAUCUUCUCAAAUCGGUACUAGAGAAAAAUGGACUCAACUGCAUCAUUUAAGUACAUCUGAAUAUUUACAAUAUGAAGGUGGUAAAUUUUCCAAAUCAAGAGGUAUUGGUGUUUUCGGUAACAAUGCACAAGACUCAGGUAUUUCACCAUCAGUAUGGAGAUACUAUUUGGCUUCUGUCAGACCUGAAACUUCAGAUUCACAAUUCUCUUGGGAUGAUUUCGCUUCAAGAAACAACAAUGAAUUAUUGGCCAACUUGGGUAACUUUGUUAACAGAAUUGUUAAAUUUGUUAAUGCUAAAUACAACGGUGUCAUUCCAAAGUAUGAUCCAAAGAACAUUCCAGGCUAUGAUGCUUUAGUCAAGGAUUUGAAUUCUUUAUUAAAAUCAUAUAAUACUGAAAUGGAAGCUGUUCAUGAACGUCGUGGUUUAGAAUUAGCUAUGGCUAUUUCUGCUAGAGGUAACCAAUUUUUACAAGACAACAAGUUGGAUAAUUCCUUGUACAAUGAUUUACCAGACAAAUCUGACGCAGUUGUUGGUGUUGGUUUGAACAUUGUUUAUUUAGUUGCUUCCGUUAUUGCUCCAUUUAUGCCAGAAACUACCAAGCAAAUUGAUGAAAUGUUGAAUGUUCCACAAUUAGCCAUCCCAGAUGAAUUCACUUUGAUUCUUGAAGGUACUCAUAAUAUCAACAAGGCUCAAUACUUAUUCAAACGUAUUGAAGGUAAAGAUAUUGAAGCUUUAAGAGCUAAAUAUGGUGAAAUCAUAAGCCAAGCUAAAAGCUAUUUGAAGAAUGUUCCUGUAACCGUGAUUUCACAAGGUGCAGAAGCUGUUGUUUUCACAACAAGUCAACAUCCAUAUUUACCUAAAGAAAUUGCACCAAAAGGUAUCAAACAUAAAGAUCAAUAUAUUAUUAAAUUUAGACCUCCAAAGAAAUAUAGACAUCCAAUACUAGAUGCACAACUCACCAAGAGAAGAACUCUAGCAGAAGCAAGAAUAUUACAAAGAUUAACGAUUAUUCCAGAGGUACAUACACCAAGCUUAUUAGCUGUUGAUCCAAGAAGUGGGAUUUUAUGGAUGGAAUGUAUUGGUGAACUAUUACCUGAUGGGAAACUAAGCUCGCUUAAGAACUGGCUAUGGCAAUACAAUGGAGAUGAGGAGAAGGCAACAAGGGAUGAAGCUAAAACAAUCUUAGAAGGUGUCGGUAAAGAGAUUGGAUAUCUACAUUUGAAUGAUCUUAUUCAUGGUGAUUUAACAAGUUCAAAUAUCGUCUUACAAAAAGGUAUUGAAAGCGGUGAUUGGGAAGCCUUUUUAAUUGAUUUUGGGCUUGGAUCAGUAUCAACCCUUGUUGAGGAUAAAGCUGUUGAUUUAUAUGUUCUAGAGAGAGCAAUUUUAAGUACACAUCCAUUAUAUUCAGAUCACUAUAACAAAUGGCUUCUUGAUGGUUACUCAAGCGUUUAUACAGGAAAACAAAAUGCAAAGAAAUUGAAGGAAGUUUUAAAUAGAUACGAAGAUGUUAGAAUGAGGGGUAGAAAGAGAAGUAUGUUAGGUUAG